AUGACCAAGCAAGAAAAACUUGGAUUACUGUUUAAAUCCUCGCUCGUUCCUGUGUCUUCACUUUCACCAUGUUCUCUCUCUCCCUCUCCUCCUUCUCCUCCUCCUCUGCUCCUGUUCUCUUUCUCUCUUUUGCAGCGUUCAUUUGUCCUCGUGCUCUUGUCUUCGUGUCGUGGGACGUCCCGGGUCGGGGGGGUGCCGUGUCUGCCCCGUGUCCCCGUGUUGGGCAGCCUCCCCUGGGUGUCCUCCUCAGGUCUGCCCCCUCACCUCCUCUUCACCGGGAUCUCCAGGAGGCUGGGGCCCCUGUUCUCUCUGUUCCUGGGCCCUCACUUCACUCUGGUGGUGAACAGUUAUGAUUUGGCUCGUGAGGUUCUUGUGACCAGGGGGAGGGACUUCGCCGGACGCCCAAAUAUGGUGACCACAGACCUCCUGACCCGAGGAGGGAAGGACAUCGCCUUCUGUGACUAUUCUCCUCUGUGGAAAAGUCACCGCCGCCUCGUCCACACCUCCUUCACCCUGUUUGGAGAAGGAACGGGACGACUGCAGGAGAUCGUCCUGUCUGCCGUGGACGACCUGGUGGAGGAGCUGUUGUCCAGCAGGGGGCGCUGUUUUGACCCGUGCGCCGCCGUCACUCGGGCGGUGACGAACGUGGUGUGCACCCUGGUGUUCAGCGCCUCCUACAGGCCGGAGGACGAGGAGCUGCAGGAGGUGAUCGGCUACAACAACGGCAUCGUCCAGACCAUCGCCGCCGGAGCGCUGGUCGACAUCUACCCCUGGAUGAAGUAUUUUCCAAACAGUUCUCUGGACAAACUGAAGCGGUGCAUCAGGGUCAGAGACGAGCUGCUGCAGAAGAAACUGGACCAACACAAAGCCUUAAUGAGCGACGGUGACCCCGGUGACCCCCGUGACCUCCUGGACGCGCUGCUCAGAGGUCAGAAAGGUGAAAGGUCAAGUGCCAUCUCAGACGAUCACGUUUUAAUGACCGCGGCCGAGGCGUUUGGGGCCGGAGUCGAAACUACGUCAACGACUUUACUGUGGAUCAUCGCCUACCUGCUGCACCACCCAGAGGUCCAGACUCGGGCUCAGGUGGAGCUUGAGGACCGGGUUGGUCUGGAUCGUCCGGUUCUGGUCUCAGACCGGACUCUGUUGCCGUUUGUUGAGGCCGUGAUCCAGGAGGGACUGAGGAUCCGACCCGUGAGUCCAGUCCUGAUCCCCCACACCGCCAUGACCCAGACCAGUUUGGGGGGACACUCCGUCCAACCGGGGACACGUGUCCUGGUCAAUAUGUGGGCCAUUCACCACCAGCCACAACACUGGGACCGACCGGACCUCUUUAAACCAGAGCGUUUCCUGGACGAACGCGGCGAGCGAUAUUCUCCUUCUGGUUUCCUGCCGUUCGGGGCGGGGCCUCGGGUUUGCGUGGGCGAGUCAUUGGCCCGUCUGGAGCUCUUCCUCUUCCUGUCGUCUCUGCUGCAGCGAAUCAGCUUCAGCCUCCCGCCCUCUGAGCCCGCCCCCAACCUGCAGGGGGCGCUGGGCGUGGUGCUGCAGCCUCUGCCCUAUCGGGUCGUGGUCACGCCCCGGCCGGGCUGGGGCGAGAAACACUCUACCAACUGA